GAUACACUCUUUACUUUUUUUUUUUUUUCUUUCAACAUGGCGUCUAAUGAUGAGUUACCCAGGAUUGUAGUACUUAUUUCGGGAUCAGGUAGCAAUUUACAAGCCUUGAUAGAUGCAACACAAACACCAAGAAAGUUACAAGCCAAGAUCGUUGGGGUGAUCUCGAAUCGACAAAAAGCAUAUGGCUUACAACGAGCUCAACAAGCCGGUAUUCCAACGGAGACAGUGUCGUUAAAAAAGUUCAAGGAUCAAGGCAAGACGCGUGAAGAUUUCGACGAAAGUGUGGCGACAUUGAUUCACACGAUGCAACCUGAUUUAAUAGUGUUGGCUGGUUGGAUGCAUAUCCUGUCUCCUACGUUUUUGGCCCAUUUUCCCAAUAAUGUCAUGAAUCUCCACCCUGCCCUCCCUGGUCAAUUCGACGGUGCCCAUGCUAUCGAACGUGCUUUUGAAGCUUAUCAACAAGGUCGCAUCUCUGAAACUGGGAUCAUGGUCCAUAAGGUCAUCGCUGACGUUGACCGUGGUCAGGUCAUCUUGCAACAACCUAUCCCCAUCUUGCCUGACGAUACUUUGGAAACUCUGGAAGAUAGAAUUCACAAGGAAGAACAUAAGAUCAUUGUUCAAGGUGCUCAAGUCUUUUUGGAUGAAUUGGCUUGUCAACUAUAAUUUUUCCCUUUCUAUAUUGUUUUUAGUUACCCUAGUAUAGC